AUGCGCUGUACUCUCGCCCUCGCUCUUCUCACUGCUCCCGCUUUCGUGUCAGCAACGCUCGCGCCGGCCUACACCAACACGAAAGGCAUGCGCCCAGGCAACUACAAUUGUCAAGUAACUAAAGUGUCCAAGGCAAUCCAGGCUGCCGAGUGCUCGCACAACACGCGCACCCACCUUCCGCAGACUUAUGCUGUGUUCGUGACGGAUCACCAGUACGAUGGCAACCACGGCUACCCUUACGGCACGUGCUCUGCGUAUACAUGCGACGGGCCGUCCAAGAACGAUCUAGUCGUUGACGACGACUGCUGGACAUUCUUUUGGAGUAACAACGGCACGGACGAUGGCGUUGGAACCGGUCCUAUCAGGAGCCCCAUUACGGGUGAGGCCGGCUGCGAAAGAUCGAUCGACGGCAUUUUCCUUGUCGGCAGAAACGACUGCGUGUAA